UUGCUACAACAAAGUUUUUAUUUUUACUAGAAGAAAAGCGAUCAUCAAGUAAUAAGUUACGUCUGGUAGCAAUCAUAGCAGUGUGAAUAAUAUAAUAUAGAGAAAUAAUAAAGGACCAACAACGUUAUAGGUUGUAUUAUUGUUCGUGUACAAAAUGUCUGUGCUAUCAAGCUCCUAUAAUUGGAGAAUAAAAGCGUGGCUUCGGGCGUACGAAGGUGUUCUAAUUGCACAGGACUCGGAUAAUGAUAAAGAAAGAAAAGAAGAAAUUGUUCUGAAAGCUGAAGACUUAAAUGAUAAUGCCAAAAACCAACUUAAAAAAGAAAGAAGUUUUUUAAUUUUUCCACCCAGGCAGCUUGUUCUUGGUCAGGUAUCUGCUUUGAUCAUGGCAAUGCAAAACGAGAUAUUUCAUAUCAAACCAAGAAAACCAAAGAAAACAACCAUUAAUUCAAGACAAAGCUUUCGAAUCAAGUCAAGCAAUGAAUGUGAAAACUUCACAGCUGACAUGUUAAUACAAUGGCUUGAAGAGAAUUUGGAUAUUAGCUCAUUUGAAGAAGCUUCUCAUCUUGCAACGCUCCUGUGCCGAAUGGGGUUCGUGUAUCCUUGUAAAUAUGAUUGGAACGUAACAAUAACAUUGCCAACUGAAGACCCUAAUCUACAAUUUAGAUUUCAGAAUCCUUACUACUGGCCAACUGAGACACUGAGUGCAUCGGAUACUGAUUAUGCCAGUCAUCUUUUAUCUCGUGAAUCCGGUUGUCAUGAUGCACCACUUGAUGAAUAUGAGAUGAAAUACUUGCAAGAACUGCGUCGUUUAAUGUUGGGGAAUUGGAAUGUUAUUCAAUCUAAAGUACAGAUUGCUGAUAAGCUAUUAAGCCAGUGUAACCCAGGUGACAGGGAAAUAAAGCGAAGGCAAGAAUACGCAUUCUGGAGGGUUAACAGACCUCUUACUAACCAUAACUCAGAUUCAAGGGUUCGACCAAAAGAUUGGAAUGUUAUGGCAAGGGGGCUAAACAGAUACUUCAGCUCAUAUGUUCAAGUUGCAGUUACAGAUGAGACCAAGUCAGCUAACCCAAGAUCAAUAACAGCGAGUUGUACCAGAAUUAUAAAGACUUGCACAGAAUGGAUGAACUUUGACCCACUGUGGCAAGAAGAAGAAGAGUAUAAGAACCCGUGGCAUUCGGAUGCUGCAAAGAGAAUGUGGCCGGAACCUUCAAACAUCGCUGGAGAGCCAUACAAACAAGAGGUUGUGAGUUGGGGUUUAAGCUUUGAAAAACUUAUUGAGAGUAAGAUUGGACGGGUUUAUUUUCAAGAGCAUUUAAAGAAAGAGUUCAGUGAAGAAAAUCUUCUGUUUUACUUGCGAUGUGCUUAUUUGCAUAGCGCACCAUUAAGUGAGGUUGAUGGAUUGAUCAAAGAGAUAUUCGAACAAUACAUUUCCCCAAACAGCGACACACCCAUUAACAUUGACACUCAGACUGCAUUAAAAGUUUCCAAGCUAAUAAAAACCAAACGCACAAGACACACAUUUGACCCAGCAUUGGAUCAUAUAUACAGUCUGAUGAAAAAAGACUCUUACAAAAGAUUCCUGGUUUCCUCAGUGUACAAAGCAGCGGUCAAGAAUGCCAAACACCCAGUUAGUAUAAAGAAAGAGAAGCCUGGUUUUGCAAGAAUUAUCGUCAGAAUGUGGAGAACUUCUCAAUUCAACGCAGAAAAACAGAAUUAACUCUUUCAGUGGUGGGGGAUUACCUGUUGGUGGUAAACAACAGCUGACUUCGCUUUUUCUCGUUCCAUAUAUUGCAGUUGCUUAUUUCGUCAUAAUACAUAAUUGUUCCAUUGUUCAAUGCAUACAA